AUGUCGCCGGCGUCACUCCUAUUCCUCAUCGUCUAUAAUUUCCUCUACUACUUCCUCUACCUGGUCCUCUUCGCCUUCAUCAUCGUCACACCCAUCGAUCUGAUUCAUCAAGCCGCACGGAGCCGCCGAAACUACGACAUCCUCAUCGUAAUCGUCAUCUACGUCGCAACGGUCCUUGUUGUCGCUUUUAUCUACGCCACCCGCCUCUACAUCAGCCGCUCCGUGCUUGCCUCCAUACCGAAACCAUGGGUCCCCGUCGAGAAGGGCGAUGUGCCGCCUGACGUGCGCCAGAUGAUCGUCGAGGGCCUGAGCAGGAGCGCCGCUAUUGCAUAUGAGGCCCGCCCGAGGGUACCAGUUGUGCUUCUCGUGCAAGAGCCUGGGGUUGGCGAGAAUGGCAACAGCCGAGAAUCGUCUAGGUCAGGCCUCCCCGGCCUAUCGUUGACGGGAUCCAAGCAGAUCACCGGAACCGAGGAGGCCAAGGCGGUCCAAAUUUCACAACAAAGGCCCGUAUGGGGCGAGAUCGAGCACCCAGGUUGGGCGUCGCCUCUGUCGCACGACCUGCCCAACCUGCAGUACGACACAGUGGUCUCGGAAGUGCCAUACCUAAUAGAGGCGAAGGCCAUCACCCUAGCGCCGCCGGACCCGGAAUCCCACGCCGAACCGCCGACGCUGGAUCUAGAUGCGGUCGCUCUUCUUCAGAGGCCAGAGUCCACGGGGUUGCGCGAAUACCUAAUGUAUCUCACCGAGCUGGCGGUCCUUGCACCACUGCCUACAACGGGCGAAUUUCUCGCGAAGUACGAAGCAGCGCGCUUUUCGGGCCGGCCGCUGUCCAACGAGCAGUUCCGCAGCCUGAUGCACCUGUUUGCGCAAAUCCUGCAGAACAUGCAUCCGCUCAGUCCUGCGGCGCUGGCGCGGUACGAAGACGAUGGCUCGUCAGACGCCGCACCCUCGGAGAGCGACAUCGAUAACGACGCCCCCCGCGGCACCAGCCCGUCAAGCGCGGGCACGACUCACGAAUUGCCCUUGCAUGGCGGCAUCGACGCCAGCGACUUGGCGCGAAGCCACAGUUCGAGCACGGCAAGUUCCGGGCACCUGCGGCCUAAGCUCGGCAUGCGCACCUCGUCGGCUAAUACGCGGAUGUUCCGCACCGCGCCGACGACGCCCAAGAGCAGGCAUACUGGCUUCUCGAGGGCGUCGAGUUCAGAGAGCUUUGCGCAUACCAGAGACCCGUACCCGGCCGGUCAGUCAUCAAGCUCAAGCUUACGAUUCGCUAGCGGUGGCUCGGUCAUUCGGCUUGCUGGCAGCGAGGAUGCGACGGGUCUUCCUUAUGUCCUAACGCAUUCAUCGAGCGGUGAUUGA